AUGGCCAGCAAAAACGCCACCUCGGCGUCAUCUUUCGACGAUUGCACCGAAGUUUCUGAACUCUGCCCUAUCGAGGCUACAGCCACUGGGUCGAUACUAUCUCUCGGCGCUGCAAUAUUCUUCACCAGUUUCUUUAGCCUUUUGCUUCUUUUACAAGUCUACUUUGGAAUCAAAGCUAGAACAUGGUCCUUCAUGAUAUGGCUUGGUAUCGGGACAUCUUUAGAGAUACUCGGCCACUUGGCACGAGUCAGUCUUUCGAGAAAUCCAUGGUCUGCAAGCUCGUAUAUAGCCCAGUUAAUGACCCUCCUACUGGCUCCGACAUUCAUUGCUGCUUCGCUCUCUAUCACCUUCAAGCAUUUGGUCAUCUGGUACGGCCCACAGUGGUCUGUUCUUCGACCAUCACUUUACCCCUGGGUCUUAGUUGGGACGGAAUUCUUGACAAUCAUCAUCCAAUUCAUUGGCGCCUUUGCGCUGGCGGCCGGUGCGGCUGACCAAGGGAACAGAACGUUGAAUAUGCUGUCGAAAGUUAUGAUCCUCCUGGGGGGUGUAGCUUUCCAGGUCGUCAAUAUGGCCAUUUGUUCGGCUCUCAUGAUGAUAUAUGUAAGGCGGCGGAACGGAAAAGCAGGCAUGGGAAUAGCUUCUUCUCGGGCAGAGUCUUCGGCGACAGAGGCACGUCGGGCGCGCUUUUUUGUUUAUGCUGUUGGGAUCGCAUAUCCAGCCAUCAUCAUUCGCUGUGCGUAUCGGCAACACAUACCAUCGAUUGCGAGAGACGUUAGGCGCAAUGAGCCCUUGUUUUUGGCACUGGACGCAACAAUGACUCUUCUCGCCGUUGCCGCGGUCACCAUUUUCCACCCUUGCGUCUUCUUCCCGUUUCUGGGCCUCAACACUAAAAAGCUCGAAAGCAUGCCAGAUCAUGGGGGUUUCCAAAUGAGGGCGACAUCUGGAAGAAGCCAUCCAGAAGCUGUGAUGUAG